CUGCUGUAAUACGACGCUACACAGAAGGCCACUUCAGUCCCUACUACAAGCUAACCAUAGGGGUGGAUUUUGCAGUUAAAACUUUGGAUUGGGACCCCAAAACUAAGGUCAAUCUGCAGCUAUGGGACAUUGCUGGUCAUGAGAGAUUUGGACAUAUGACAAGGGUCUACUAUAAAUAUGCGGUGGCAGCUAUUGUUGUAUUUGAUCUCUCAAGACCUCCGACAUUUGAAGCUGUUCUUAAAUGGGUCAGUGACAUAAGGGAGAAGGUCACCCUGAAUGAUGGCAGACCUCUUCCUGUCCUGCUUCUGGCCAACAAGUGUGAUAUUGAGUCUAUCAGUAUUCAGCCAGAAGUGAUUAAAAACUUCUGCAAGCAGCACCUCAUUGAUGCUUGGUUCCUAACAUCUGCCAAAGAAGACAUUAAUAUUGAGGAUGCCAUGAAAUGGCUUGUGGGUCGCAUCCUUGAGGUUCGUUCGACUUCCCAGGCACCAAGGCCCAUUGUCCGAACCCUUGCCCCAGAAGAGCCUCCAGAAAAGCCAACAUCAUUUUGUUGCAGAUGAGGGAUAUGGAAAAAAAAUUGUGUUGGUAAAAUGGUGAGGAUUCACCGAGUUUUUCAAUUGAGCUGUAUGCUGGAGUUCAGCUGGUACAGCAUCCUGUUGUGUAGCCCGGCUGGGAAGCGGCAACAUUCUUGUGGAUGGCGGGAGCCGUGUGUUGGGCAUUGGUUCUAGAUUUUUGGAUGGGUACUAACAAGGUUUAAAUUUCUUUUGAUAUAUUUUUUUUUUUUUGUGCCCAGUAUUAUCAUCCUAGUCAUAACUGAGAGCUGGGAAAUUUAAUUUUAGGUUAAUGGAAUAAAUUUUUUUAAAUAAAUUUUUUGUGGUAUAUGUAAAUGUUUUCAGGAGAAUUUUAUUAGGUUAAGUAUAUAUUUUAGAUUUUUAAGGUUUUUUCCAUGUUCUUCAAGUUCAUAGUUUGUAUAUAUCUUUUGUACUUGCAAUAUCUAUAUUAUGUUGUUUUCCUUUUGUAACAUUGAAAGUGCCUGAUGAAUAAUAACUAUUCCGUCCAAUAUCUAGCUUUCACUGCCAGGACUAAGUUGUGCAGUUGGUUGUUCUCUACUGUGGCAGACAUUUUGUAUGGACAGCAAAGUCUCUUUGUGUCCUUGUCUUGUGAUAUGGGAAGGCCAUCGCUUGGGUCGUUCAACCCGAUUGAUUGUUGGGCUCUUUUUAUUAGGCUCUGGCUGUCAUGAACCACAGCUAAGAGUCUAUUUUGUCUUGGGUGUCUGUGAUAAGACACAAACAUUUUCUUCAAACUGUUAAGCAAUCGUACAAAAGUUAGCUUCCCCUUUAUCACAGAAGUAAUUGUUCCGAGCGGUUCAAUGUUUUGAGGUGCCAUGGAAGUAGCAUACAGGUGUUCUGUUGAGCUACGAUAGCACAUAAGGUUGACCCUUUGCAGUUAGGUGGAUCUCAGGUUUUGAACUUUUCUUUGAGGUCAUUGACAUCAUUAUUAUGUGGGAGCAUGUCCAUUUUUCACUUGUAUAUUGCUUGAAGACUUACAGAUUGUAUAUUGCUUGAAGACUUACAAAUCUGUAACCACACAUCUGUAACUGAAUUCUUACAUUUAUUACUCCUUUGAUGACCUUGUAAUCCUCUUUACAUCUCAGGGAUAGAUUGUUUUCAUGAUGUAUUUUGCAACAUAAUAGCUGUGGUGAACUCAGUUUGUGCCUUCCUCACAAAGGUCUUGUCUGUCUCAAAUGUUAAUACUGUAAAAAGCAAUAAUGAUACCCAGUGUUUGAUAUACGUAUACUUUUGUGGGUUAUUACUAUUUUUUCGAAAGUGCAGUAGUAAUUAUGUGACUUCUUACUCUUACAAAGUUGCAAAAUAUGAAUAAAUUGAUGUUAAUUUUCAGAGCAGAUUUGAGCUGUUCAUGUUUUUAUUUAUUUUAUUUUGUUGAGUAGUGAAAUGUUAAGACCUCAGGUUUGUUAGUUAUGAAAAAUACAAAUUAGUUACAAAUUUGGUAUUUUGUCAAAGUGAAUGGUCACUCAGGGUCAAGUUUGAGGUAGCUUGUUGCAAUUAUUUCUGUGAUAAAAUAUUUUGAUAUAAGGGACUCACUAUACUGGAUAGGGUUAGCGACUUAUACUCAUGGUUACAAUGCAGAUAGUGUGCUUAUCAUCAGAGUCCUAUGUAUUUUUAAGGAAGAUGCAUAUGCAUAUAUUUUACAAAUAUUCAACCAAAGUGCUUUGAUAGGACCAGUUUGUUUUGUAGUAGCAUUUACUGAUAUUUGUUCCCAUUCUCUUUCGUUUUUAGUAACAAAAUCAGAAAAUGCACACUAGAUACCUUUCGGGUCUUGCGGAAUGUGUGGUUGUGAAACACAAAAAGACCUGAAUGAUGAAUGUCUAUCUGUGUUAAGUACACCUGGUGCAUAUGUGAAAUAUGUACAGUCACCAUCCAUGUACAUUGGCCAUAAUUUUCAAUUUUAGGGAGCUGAAUUUUAUAUGUUUUUUAUGACCAAAUAGUAUCUGUAUUAUAAAAUUUUGUGUACAGUCCAACCUCUUAAAUCUGAAACCUUGGGACCAGGCCACUGCCUAAUCAUAAGUCGACUACAGUACUAAACUUUUCUCAGAUUCUGCACAUUAUUAUCUGUGACUUUAAUAUCAUAAAUUUGGUAUCUUCAUAAAUAUCACUAUUAAUUUCUUUGUCAUUUAUUUUGAUUUUAGAGGGUAGUGAGAUGAAAAAAUUAAUGAAUGAAUUUUGGCAAUCACAGUGCAUUUGAAUGUCGGCGGCAAAACGUAAACAAAGCACACCGGCAUCUAUUUAGGAAAAUAAACACUAAACUAUUCGCUAAUGAAAUAAACAUUUUCUAGCACAGAUAAAGAUUUAUUUUCAUGUAUGACACUUACCUGGCAGGUAUAUAUAUAGCUAUAUUCUCUGUUCGCACUGGCAGAAU